UGUUCUUCUGUUUUCUCCCUUUUUUCGUUUACCCUUAUGACACGGUCAAUACUCUCAAAAACCAAGUGGCUAAUUUUUACAAUUCUUAUCCUUUUCAAGGAUUUUGGUGUUGACAUCAAGGAGAUAGAAUGUGCUUCAGAAGGAAAGCCGAGCUUUCUACCUGUAUUUAGAUCUGGAAGCUGUGCUGAGAUGGGACCCAAGCAGUACAUGGAGGAUGAACACAUUCGAAUAGAUAAUCUAGCUGCGUAUUUGAGAGAAUCUGCCAGUUUCAGUUCUCCAGGAGCUUUCUGUGGGUAUACUACUCGUUACAGGAAAUUGGUAAUUGCGAAUGCUGGGGAUUGUCAUGCUGUUUUGGGGAAACGAGGGAGAGCCAAGGACCAUAAACCAGAUAGCAAGUCUGAGAGACACAGGAUAGAAAAACUGGGAGAUGUCAUUUAUAAUGGAUACUUAAACGGCCAACUAUCUGUAGCGCGGGCAUUGGGAGAUUGGCAUAUGAAGGCUCCAAAGGGCUCCGCCUGCCCCCUGAGUGCAGAGCCGGAGUUGCAAGAGAUUAUAUUGACAGAUGACGAUGAGUUCCUAAUCAUGGGGUGCGAUGGUCUUUGGGAUGUGAUGAGUAGCCAGUGUGCUGUGACAAUGGCCAGGAAGGAAUUGAUGAUGCACAACGACCCCGAGAGGUGUUCAAGAGAGCUAGUUAGGGAAGCUCUCAAGCGCAACACUUGUGACAACUUAACAGUAAUUGUGGUUUGUUUCUCCCUCGAUCCUCCAUCUCAGAUAGAAACGCCUCAAACACGAGUCAGGCAGAGUGCAUCAACGGAAAGAUCCAAUCUUCUAAAAGGCGUAUUAGAAAGCAACUCAUGACAGACGA